UCUGUCUUUAAAAACAUUGGGAUUUUUGGGAGAGAAGCCCAUGAGCUUCAUAUGAUUCUCAGCCCAAUUCUUACAGUGUUGGGCUAUUGGCAGAAUUUCUUCAAAACGAUGGAACUCCAAUCUCGGAAGUUUAGUCAAUGCUUAUUCUUCUGUCAGGUUGACUCGUCCGUGCAAUAAGUUGCCUUCAAUUAUCAAAGUAGUAAAGGUUUCACUAAAUAAGCCAACUACCGCUCAGUACGUCAAUAUAGCAGCAAUCAGCCAGUACAUGUCCAUGAGAGCAUAAAUCAAUUCCAUGUUGCUACCUUGCUCUCACGUUUUGGAUCAUUCUUCUGUUUGCUGCAAAUUUUUCUGUGUCUGAGAGUGAGAGAGAUCAGAAGAUGGCUUACAAUCUAGAGUCUCUUACAAGGAUCCUAGAGCAAAUCCUGCACCCUAAUCAGCAACGCUGGAUUCUUGAUCAUAAUAAGAAACCACAAAUGGAAUCUCUCUUGAAAAAAGCUUCUUCUUUGAAGCAGAUUCCUCAUAAUUCUUCAUCAGCAAGCGGACCCUCAAGCACUGCAAGUCUGAUGAGUCAAAUCAGAGAUGCUGCCCAUAAAGCAGAAGACAUCACCGAAUCCCAUAUGGUGGAUCGAAGGCUCUCCAAGCCUGGAGCUCAGAGUUGCAUCAUUUCCCCCCCAGACGUGCACGAUAUCGUCCAAGAACUUGAUUCUGCAAUGGAUAAAUUGCUGAGGAUCGUGAAACAUGGGAGUGAUGCGAUGCGGAAUAGUUCGUUCCCUGAUGUUGUCUCAUCCACACCUGAUUCAACUUCCAACAACAUUGUAGUGGGACUUGAUGAAGAUUUGAUUCAGUUGAAGGACCGGCUGACCGGACUAGAAAGUGAACUCCAAAUAAUCCCAAUUGUAGGCAUGGGAGGUAUUGGUAAGACUACUCUUGCUCGAAAUCUCUAUAAUGAUCCUCUUGUUGUUUCCCACUUUGACACUCGUGCAUGGAUUGUGAUAUCACAAGACUAUGAUGUGCGAGCUAUUCUAUUAGGCCUUCUUGGCUGCAUAGUCGGAAAGCUUACUGAUGAAGUGCUCCAAAAGAACAAUAGUCAAUUGGCAGUUGCACUGUACAAGAAUCUAACUGGUAGAAGAUAUCUGGUUGUAUUAGAUGAUAUAUGGAGUACGGAUGCCUGGGAUAAUAUCAAAAUGUUCUUUCCAGGUAAUAAUAAUAGAAGUCGGAUUGUAUUAACCACUAGAGAAUCGAAUGUGGCUAAUUAUGUGGACUUAUCAAGUUCAUAUCAUCAGAUGCAUCUUCUGACCAACUCAGAAAGUUGGAAUCUUCUUCAUCAAAAGGUGUUUGGGGAAGAUAAUUGCCCUCCUGAAUUUGAAAAGAUUGGAAGAAGCAUUGCAAGCUAUUGCGGAGGGCUUCCUCUAGCUAUCCAUGUAAUUGGUGGGCUCCUCUCGGAGGCCAAGGGAAGAAGAGAUGUCUGGGAGCACGUUGCGGAUGAUGUAAGAGCUGCUAUAGCUGGAAAAGAUGAGCAAUUCUACAAUGUCUUAGCUUUGAGUUACAAUCACUUGCCGUAUCAUCUGAAACCAUGUUUUCUUUAUAUGGGAGCUUUCCCCGAAGAUCAUGAGAUUCGGGCCUCUAAACUCAUAAGGAUAUGGGUAGCUGAGGGGUUCCUAAAAUCAAACGGAGAUAAAAGCUUGGAAGAGAUAGCUGAGGAAAAUUUAAGGGUUCUUGCCGAUAGAAAUCUUCUUAUGGUAAGGGAAUGGAAGUCUAAUGGGAAAGCAAAGACUUAUGGGAUCCAUGAUCUUUUGAGGGAUUUGUGCGUGAAGAAAGCUGCAGAGGAUAAGUUUCUUCAUGUUAAGAAUCGGCAAGUUCACAAUGUCCCAGAAGGCUCGUCCUACUUCCCUCGCCGUGUGAGUGUGCAUCAAUCAUAUCGAAUCAGAGAUGUUUAUAAUUCAACAGAAUUCAUGUCUCUUGCCCGUUCUUUUCUUUGCAUUGGUCUUGCAUCACGUGUGAUUCUGUCUCCUGUGUUUUUUGCAUUAAGAUUGCUGAGGGUGUUGGAGGUAUUGGAUAUAGAAUUCCAUCAGUUCCCAACAGAAAUCCUGGAACUAGUCAAUUUACGUUACUUGGCUUUCUACUGCAACUCAGAAAUACCUUCUGCAAUUUCCAGAUUGUGGAAUCUGCAAACCUUAAUUGUUGGGUCAAUCUUACGCAGUUUUGAGUUGCCAUCUGAGAUAUGGGAGAUGCCAGAGUUGAGACAUAUCAAGUUCAGGAAUUCACGUAUCUCAAUUUAUUCGGUGUAUCAGAUACCUUUUGUUCAUGAAAAGCUGCAAACAAUAUCUGCUAUGAGUGCAAAUGUAUUAAUUGACAGCAAUAUCCUAGGAAGCGUUCCAAACAUAAAAAACUUGGGAAUCUAUUCUUGGAUACCACCCCGUACUGUCGUUGAUCUUUCACUUCUGCCUAAACUUGAAACUUUGAAAUUCUCGGAUUUUUGUUUGAUUGAUCACGGUCACUUGUCCGAAGUCAUUUUCCCUCCUUCCGUUAUAAAGUUAGCUUUGAGGUCGUGCACAAUUACUUGGGAAUUCAUUAAAAGUAUUGGUUCACUACCCAAUCUUCAAGUGCUCAAAAUGCGGAUCUGUGACUUCAAAACCAAGGAGAUGCAGUCAAGUGAUGAAGAGUGGGAGCCAACGGAAGGUGAAUUCAGCUCAUUGCAGUUUCUGCUACUUGAAAAGUUGAAGCUGGUGCGUUGGAAGGCCGAUAAGACCCACUUCCCAAGACUCCGGCACCUGGUCAUUCGGGAAUGCUCUGCUCUAGAGGAAAUCCCGCGUGCAAUUGGAGAUAUACCAACACUGGAAAUAAUUGAGUUGGAUGAAUGUAGCCCUUCUGUUGUGGCUUCAGCAAGACAGAUUCAGGAGGACCAAAGCGAAAACGGGAACGAUGGCCUUGAAGUUCGCAUCUGCUAAAUCCUUGCUGUGAUCAUUCUCUGCUUGCUGAUGUGAUAAUCAGGUGCUCGUGCCAUGCCGAUGUUGUCUAUUUUUCUUUUUUCCCGUUGAAGCCUCUCAUCAGGACACUCAGAGAUGGCAUCAACUUCUGCUAAAUGUGCAAGUAUUCUAUGUUGUUGGUUGUGAUUGGACUCAGUUAUCUGGUUUAUUCUUGUCUCAACGAGUGACAUCAGUUUGUGUCUGUUGGUCAUCUCCUCGGCUAUUCCAGAUUGUAUAAGGAUUCUUAAGUUCAUGUCUGGGGAAGUAUAGCCUUAGUAUUUGAUGUAUGGA